AUGGAACCAGCGUCAUAUCCUGAGCCGCUUCUACCAGCCACUGAACAGCCAGCUUCAAUGCCGGGAAUUAACAAAAACGAACAAUCUCUAGCAGCGGCUAAUGAACCGUCGCCUCCUCCCGAACUGGAUCAAGAUGACGCCAGUUCAAUACUAAGUGACCUGCCUUCUGAACUGGGCGAAACCCCAGCCGAACUACCAACCGAAGUUGACUCAAUUAACUAUGACUGGGACGGUCCAGAAGGUCAUGAGGUACUACGGCUUAGGCCAACAGUCCAACAGUGGAGCGAUUUCGCAGCCAAUCUUGCUUUUGCUCGAAGCCUCCAUGCUGAAAACCAUGGCUGCUUCAAGAUCGUUCUCCCGGAUGAGCUCCUAGAGGACCUGCCAGAAAAGGACUCUCAAAAGGUUCCUGCACACGCAUACCGACCCAAUCAGAUUAAGAAGAACAGUUUCUGGCGAGUUGAAACUGUUCCUUCUGUGGGCAACUUCAACUCAUCAGUCACUGGUCCACAAUGCAACGUUUCUGCAAUUCAAGCUAUCGACCAGCUCAGGAAGUUAUACCGCAAGAGUGACCGCAAGCAAAUUCGCAAUGUGCGAUAUCGGGCAGAUGUCCCUGCAUGGACUCCGGAGCAACGACGUGAAGCCGGCGUCCCUGGGCGAAGUCCGAUCUACCCUUUGAAGGGCGAUAAGCUGGAGUACACUAAGGCUAUCAUUCCUGGUAUUCACACGCCUUAUGUUUACGAAUCAGGUCCUCAUUUUGGAGCAAGCUUCCAAAUACAUGCAGAGGACUUCCGACUUGUUUCUCUCAACCACCUAUACAAAGGCCGAAAGAUCUGGAUUGUGGUACCUUCCAAUGCCGUCGACAUUGCCGAAGAGGCUCUUGGUCGAAAAGACAAAUGCUCUCAGUUCAUGCGACAUCGAGCUGAAUUCUUCUUCCCACAGAAGCUCGAGAAGCUAGGCAUACCUUUCCGUAUCGUCGACCAACGUCCUGGUGAAACCAUAGUGAUCCUACCCGACGCAUAUCAUGAAGGAUUCAGCACAGGGUACAGCAUUGCCGAAGCCAAGAACUAUGCGGAUGACGAUUGGACUACACAAACCUAUCAGGAAUGCGAGGCUAAGUGCAAGCUCGCCACAGCAAUUCCCGCCGAACUCAUGCGGCCCUUGAAGGACGGAGAGACCCAGCUUGACCUUUGUUCGGGUUUCGAGCUCACUACACAAGAUACACCUCCAGCGACACCGCCUAAAACACCACCAAAUGCAAAAGGAAAGCGACGCCUUAGCGGCGGAGAACAGAAAGGUGUAAACAAACGGAUCAAGGGUGGAAUGGCGUAA